AAUAAACAACUAUAAAUAUUCCCAUUUCGGAUAUCCACGGACUUAAAAAACGACAUUGAACAUUCGGAGGAUUUUGAUUUUCGCGCCUUCUCUGUAACCUUCGCCUCGCUACAUCUGCAAGUACUUCAUUUCUGCGUCUACAACCAAACCAAAAAAAAUAGAAGUUUACUUACAGACAUUCAUUUCAGCAGAGUAGCUGCGAAUGCAAAGCGCCCUUGCUCCUAUAUCAAAGGAUUUUGUACGAUAUGGGCAGCAAGGGUAACGAAGGGAUGUUGGAAGCCAUGCGGGCUGUUCUGGGCGCGGAGACGUCGGACAUGGAAAUGAUUCGAGCUCUUCAUCUUGCGAAAAAUGACGUUACGGCCGCUAUUAACAUAAUUUUCGACGCGCCCAGUCUUCAGAAUAGAGAAAAAAUUAGUGUUAAACGCACGACUUCUGGCUAUGGAGCUAGGGUUUCAAGCACAGAGAGCAACCCCCACGGAGCUAUGGCGCGCUCCGAUGCCAGGUGCUUGGAAAACAAUACGUUUGAGCCGAAGUUUUCUCUUCCUUCUCAAAAUGCUUACGAUUUCUUGAAUUCGAACAGGGCAAGUGAUGGCAUGGAACGAUGUAGCAAUGGGGUUUCUACUGUUGGUUGUAGUGAUAACGAUAAGUCUUCAGUGGCAGAUGGGUGGUGGUUGGUAGGCUGUGCUGAUUUGACGGCUUAUUCGACAUGUAAGGGCCGAAAGCUUGGACUUGGGGAGGCUGUGAUGUUUUCUUUUCCUAAGAAGAAUAGUAAUAAUGGCGCUGCUGCUAAGGGUGGUGCUAAACCUUGGGGGAGGGGAAGACCUGCUGCUUCCUUUUCUGAAAUUGUGAGGUUUUCUACGAAGCAGUCUGGCGAGGUUGGCCGUAUCCCUACAGAAUGGGCCCGCUGUCUUAUACCUUUGGUGAACUCGGAGAAGGUCAAAAUAGAGGGUCAGUGCAAAGCGGCUCCAGAAAAUCUUGGACUCAUGGACAAUAUACUCCUCUCUGUCAGCUUGUACAUAAAUAGUUAUAUGCUCCAAAAUUGUGCUCAAAGCUCAUCAAAGUUAGUUCGUUCCUCAACAGAUGAUGCUACUUUUCAUCCUCUUCCAGCUUUGUUUAAGUUGCUCGGCAAAGAGCCUGUUAAGAAAGCAGAUUUCACUCCUGAAGAUAUUCAGAUAACCCGAAAGCAAUCUAUAGACGCUAAGGGUACUUCUGGAAUACCAACAUCAUUGUUACCUGCAGACAAAAGGAGGAAAUUAGCUUCUGAUGGAAGUAAACAAGACACCGACGGUGAAGAGUGUCUCUCUGAUUCUGAUUUGAACAAGCUUGUUGGUACCUCAGACAGCUGUAAUCUGGAGGAGAUCGAUCCACCCUGUACUCUGCAGUGUGAAUUGCGCCCAUAUCAGAAGCAAGCUUUGUACUGGAUGUCUAAAUUGGAGAAGGGAGCAGAAACGGAGGAGGCAGCAAGAACUCUUCAUCCCUGUUGGGAUGAAUACCAUCUUGAAGACAAGAUGGCAACUGCAGUAUUUAUUAAUUCAUUUUCAGGGGAUGCCACCAUUGAGUUUCCCAGUGCCUUGCAACUGACUCGAGGAGGGAUUUUGGCAGAUGCCAUGGGGCUUGGAAAGACUGUCAUGACAAUAUCGCUUCUACUUGCAAAUUCUGGUAAAGGUGGAGCGAGUGGUAUGGAUUCUGCUGAGUCAUUCAAUGAGAGCAGUUAUUGUGAAAGAACAGUUGUUGAUCCUUUUGGGAUGGGUGUAGCUCCCGAAUCACCUCUGUGCCCUAGCAAAAGGCAAAUCCUAAGUAUGCUGAAGAAACCAAGCACCAGACUACAUAAAGGAGGGGGAAACCUUAUAGUAUGCCCAAUGACAUUGCUCGGUCAGUGGAAGACAGAAAUUGAAACCCAUACACAACCUGGAGCCCUGUCUGUGUAUGUUCAUUAUGGACAAAGCAGAACAAAGGACGUCAAAACUCUUUUGCAGCAGGACGUAGUCUUGACAACUUAUGGGGUCUUAUCAUCAGAAUACCAACCUGAGAAUUCUCAAGAAGAAGGUGUGCUUCACUCAAUACACUGGUAUAGGGUAGUUCUUGAUGAAGCACAUAGUAUAAAGUCUUCUAAGAGCCAAUCAUCCCAGGCUGCUUAUGCUCUUGUUGCUGAUUGUCGUUGGUGUCUCACUGGAACCCCGAUUCAGAAUAACUUGGAGGAUGUGUACAGUCUUCUUCACUUUCUUCGGGUCGAGCCAUGGAGUAAUUGGGGAUGGUGGUACAAAUUGAUUCAGAAGCCAUUUGAGGAGGGCGAUGAACGUGGAUUGAAGCUUGUUCAAGCUAUCUUGCGGUCAUUAAUGUUGCGGAGGACAAAAGAUACUACUGACAAGGAGGGCAGACCUAUCAUUGUUCUUCCUCCAGCCAGUGUCCAAGUAGUCUAUUGUGAGCUUACAGAAACUGAGAAAGAUUUCUAUGGGGCCUUAUUUAAAAGGUCUAAGGUCAAGUUUGAUCAGUUUGUGGAACAGGGCAGAGUUCUCCACAAUUAUGCUUCUAUUUUGGAGCUGCUUCUGAGGUUACGUCAAUGUUGUGACCAUCCUUUUCUUGUUAUGAGCCGUGGUGAUACACAAGAGUAUUCUGAUCUGGAUAAGCUAGCAAAACGUUUUCUUAAAGGAGGUCAGCAGGCUGCAAACGGGGAAUGUAAAUCUGCACUUUCUAAGGCUUAUAUUCAAGAGGUGGUUGAAGAAAUUCGCAAAGGGGAAAAGGCAGAGUGUCCAAUUUGCCUUGAAGCUGUUGAAGAUGCAGUCCUUACUCCGUGUGCACACUGCAUGUGUCGUGAAUGUCUUCUUGCAAGCUGGCGCAGCACUAUGAGUGGGUCUUGUCCUAUAUGUAGGAAAGCAUUAACUAGGCAGGAUCUUAUCACAGCUCCCAGAGAAAGUCGAUUUCAUGUGGAUGUUGAAAAGAAUUGGACAGAAUCAUCAAAGAUUUCAGCUCUUCUACGACAUCUGGAAGACCUCAGACCAUUGGGAUCUAAAAGCAUUAUCUUUAGCCAGUGGACAGCCUUUCUAGACUUGUUGCAAAUACCUCUUUCCAGAGGCAAUUUCCAGUUUGUCCGCUUGGAUGGGACACUAAAUCAACAACAGAGAGAAAGAGUGAUACGGGAGUUUAGUGAAAAUCCUCACAUUUUGGUGAUGUUGAUUUCGUUGAAGGCUGGAGGUGUGGGAAUUAAUCUGACUGCAGCUUCUAAUGUUUUUUUAUUGGAUCCUUGGUGGAACCCAGCUGUUGAGGAGCAGGCUAUAAUGCGCAUUCAUCGCAUUGGCCAAACGAAAUCAGUUUCGAUCAAACGUUUUAUUAUGAAGGAUACUGUAGAAGAGAGGAUGCAGCAGGUUCAAGCACGUAAGCAACGGAUGAUUUCUGGAGCAUUGACAGACCAAGAGGUUCGAUCUGCACGGAUUGAGGAGCUGAAAAUGCUGUUUACGUGAUGGUGUGAUCAAGAUCUACCGUUUUCAACAGUUGCGGAUGUUAGUAACGUGUAAAUGUUUGUUAUAUUAUUAGUUGAUUUCUUGACCUUUUCCUCAAGAUAAAGUAUACUGUCUCACUUAUGGUUGAGGAAACUUUCAAGAAAAUGGACGAUAAAGAUACAAAGCUUGCAAAAAAGAGCUCAACAUUUAAGGGUAUCAUGCUAUUACUUGGUGGGGACUUCAUGUUCUGGAGUUUUAAGCCUUAACAAUUCUAUGAAUAAGGUUGAGCAUGGAGGUUUGUGGAAAUGGGAGCUGAUAAUUAAAGGACGAAGUUCGACCUCCUCCUUGCAAACUAGAAAGGCCAUGUAAAGUAUGUAACGAUACGCAACCUAAAUAGAAGAGUUACGAAUAUUUCAAGGAAAAUGUAUCUCGCCCCUUUUUUAUUAUGUAAUUUUUACGAUUCAAGUUAUUCUUCAGGGUGCCCGUUGUAUUUUACUUACCUAUAAUCGAAAAUCUGUCUGGAAAUGUUGGGCAGUCAACAUUGAAUCUUUAUGUCAAUCGUCUACUUUGGUUGCCCUUACCGGUGGUAGGAUGCCCAACUCAUAAGAGACAAGCUUAUGGUUUAGAACUGAAUUGCGGAGUUCAAAGAUACCACAAGGAUAUGAAAAUGCAAGAUUUGGAAAUAGAAUAUUCAGUGGCAUUUUUCUUGCAAAGUUAUUUAUUCCUUUGAGGUUACUCGUUGGAUA